AUGGUCCCAAAAUUUUUCGCACUUAUAAUAUCACUGACAGUUUCAAUCAACAUUUCAUCAUGUUGGUCCACCACCAUCAACAGUCUCUUCAAGUCCAAAACAAUCCUCAAAUUCAAUCAGGGCCUAAAUCCUGUCAUCAUUGAAAGUGUGGCCAAUGGUGCCCAAAUGGCGAUGGACGAGUGCAGAAAUGUCUUCAAAUGGGACAGAUGGAAUUGUCCACAAUCUUCAUUCUCUCGACAAAACAAUCAACUUGCAACCAAAGAAAAAGCGUACACGAAUGCUAUCAUAACAGCAGGAAUUAUUUACUCAAUCACUCGGGAUUGUUCCCAAGGUGUGAUCAAAGGUUGCGGUUGUAACUCCAAUUUACGACAAAACCUCUACCAAGGAACACACUUGACGAAUCUCGAACGGGAUUGGACCUGGGGCGGAUGUUCCGACGAUUCAAGUUUUGGUGAAGAACUCGUGUUGAAGCUACUUGAAGAUAAUGAAGAAAGCAGCGAUGCUCAAGCUUUCGUUAGUCGGCACAAUAACAGAAUUGGACGUGAGAUAAUUAGAGAAAAAAUGUUGAAAACUUGCAAGUGUCACGGAGUUUCCGGGAGUUGCUCCUUCCAAACGUGCUGGAUGCAGAUGCCCUCAUUCCCGGAAAUAGCUAAACAACUCCGGGAACGUUACGACAAAGCCAUCAUGAUCAGUUUUGAGAAAAUUCAAGGAGCUCUCACUUUAGGCAACUCGGCCAGACACAUGCCGCUGGAAUCGGCUGGAGACGUGUUGCCAAAUCUAGUCUAUUUGGAAAAAUCACCGGAAUUUUGUCUUAGUAAUAACUCGACUGGUUGGCCUGGGACUAAAGGAAGGACCUGUUCAAGGACUAGUUCUGCAUCUACAACAAUCGCGGAGAAGAAAAGUUGUCGAAAUUUGUGCCGGUCUUGUGGAUACCGAGUGAGAAAACAGGAGAAAAAAAUUACGAAAAGGUGUAAUUGUAAAUUUAUAUGGUGUUGUGAAGUCGAAUGCGAUGUUUGUGUUGAAUAUGUUGAUGAAUUUACAUGUCAUUAG